AUGUCAGUAUUGACACCUUCUACAACCAACAGCACACCCUCCACCUCCUCCUUGGAUUAUCGUAUCGACGUGCAUUUGGCUACAGAGAUUGGCCAACACCUGGUAUCCAAGAUGCGUUGUAUGCAAACAACCAUUCAACAACAACAGGAAUCUCUCAACGAGCUAUCCGAGCAAUUAAAUGCAAGGCAAAAAGUGGAAGAGCGACUCAAUGACGAGAUAUGGCAUUUGGAAUUAGCCAAACAAGAGUAUAUUGAAAAGUUGGAGGAAUUGAAUCGGGCUUUGGCACGUUCGCAUUUGGAUCAAGCACGUAUGAUGCGUCAAAGUCACUUGGUAACGCAAGAAUUGGAAUUGCUCAAGGAUGCUGCCCAUCAACACGCUGAGGAAAAGACAAUGACUGGUGCUGUUAUUCCACCUUCCCCAUCAAGCAGUGGCAUGGGUAUGGAUGAAGAGGAUGACGAUGAUGAUGGUGAUGAUGAUGAUCAUCAUCAUGCUUCUUCUUCAUCAUCCUCUUCUCGUCCUCAAUCAUGGUCAUGUGCUCGCUUGGAACCAGUAUUUAGCGUGCCAUCCUCUGCGUUUGCCACAGAACAGCAAUCACGACCUUUUAGCUUACCACCCCCUCGACAACUGAAUGAUGCUGUUGACCAACAACAAGAUGUAUAUGCACGAUUGGUGACAGGUGAUUGGAUGUGGAAGUAUACGCGUACCAAAACACGACAUGCACGCUUUGUAUGGAUCGAACCUGAUACCAAGGUUAUUUACUGGAAACAUGCAUCACAGCGGAAAAGUGCUAUUAUGGAAUCUUUUAUGGUCGAAGUUCCCCCAAUGGGUAGUUCUUUUGAUCGUGUGCCCAACCUUAUCAUUAAAACACGUGAACGCCAAGUCAAAUUACAAUGCAUGACCAUGGAAGCACAUCGUCGAUGGGUCAAGGGUCUCAAUUCACUCUUGAAACCAGGCAUCAUCGUUGCUGGUGCCCAAGAAGGCAAGUUGUCUCGCUUGUACUUGUCGGCAGGACACUCGAUUCGGAAUCUUCGAUCCUUCUACCGCAAAGAUAUCAGCGUUGGAAACCAAACGACCUCGUCUUGCUCUGAUGAGCAAUCUUCUGUCAAGGUUAUCUUUUCAAAACCAUCCUCUCCCUAUGAUUCCAAAGUCGAAUGCUAA